UGAGACAUUCACAUGCUGUAAGUUUGAAAUUGACAGCUGACUGGCAGCUGACUGUUGCUUUUUUUAGACUAUGACGGGCUGAGGAUUGCAGGAUUGGUCUUCACAGCCUUUCUCGUAGCAGGAGGGGUUGGAGUUCUAUGUUGGGGGCAGUGCAAACCAAAAAGAAAGGAUGAUGAAGACGCAAGCAAAAUCUAAGGAUCAAGGGAAUGUUUGAAAGUUUUUAAACAAGAAAAGUUUUUAAAAUGUUUUUUUCAUUUUCUUUUUCUAACUAGAAACUGUAGAUUGUUAACUAGCUCCACUUAUUAACUGUACUCUAUUGUAUGUAAGUUCCCUACUGAAAAGACUAGCUGGUUUGUUCUGGUUUAAUGCUGGUCUAGCUGGUAGACAAGCUUAGCCAUGCUUUUCACUAGCAAAACUAAACAGCUAAAGUUGGUUGACCAGCAUGUUCUUUCUGGUGAAGCUGAUUCCCCAAAGAAGUCUUGCGGGUUAAGCUGGUUGAAAAGCCUAAUGGAGACACCGGCAUGCAAAACAUAACAUAUAAUGUUGACCAGCAAUGCUGGUCUUUUCAACAGGGUUUUCAAUUCUGUUUCAACAAUUGUCAACUAUUUAAUUUAUACAUUAAUUUGUAUCACAGCCCCUAUCAAAAUUGAACUGCUGCAUAUCAUUCUAUAAAUUCAAAGUUCUCUAUUCAAGUGGAUAAAGUUGUGGUUAAUAAAGGUUCUCAGUUAUGCUCCCGUAAUUUAAAAUUUUGGAGUCAUUUAUAUGCCCCAGGUUAUUUUGAUGUGAACACUGGUGCCCCUUUUGAAAAACUAACCUUUUCAAACGCUUGCUUCAAAAGGUGGUCUUGAUAACUUUAAGCAUACAUAGAAUCAUAUGCUGAAUUUCCUUAUUAAAGCAUAGGGAGGAAAGUGUUAUAAAACUUUCCUGUUAUAGCGUUUCAUUUUUAUAUUUAUGUUAAUCUAUUUCUCACUGCUGUAUUAUACCGUAUAAGUCUUUUUGGAUAAAAGGUCCAACCCACUGGACGACCAAAUUCAGAGUAAGCGUAAACGACAAACAAGAAUCUAUCAGAGUUCCUCUUCCAGAAAAAAAAGCUCCUUCAUUCAAAACUCAACCCACUCUGGACUGAGCCAACCUGUUGAGCGGAUAGUACAGGGUAUUGCUUUCAGUCUCUAUAGAUCAGAUCUUUUGUCUACAUAUGUUAAGGGUUGUUCCUUUACAAACACAUUUUAAAACUCGACCAUUCAGUUUCUUUCUCAUUAAUAAAGAAUAAAACCACACCACCAUGAUGAAGACUUUGGCACUAGUUUUCUUUGCAUUUUUGUCCCUUGUGUUGGCAGAAGGUCAGCAGACAAAAGAUGAGGACCCUUUCUCUUUCGAUUAUCACAGACUUCGGGUUGGGGGGCUGAUCCUGGCAGCAGUUCUGUGUCUGAUUGGCAUCACUAUUCUUCUAAGUGGCCACUGCAGAUGCAAAUUCAACCAGGACAAGAGGAGAAGAACAGGAAGUAAUGCUCAGCAGAUGCUCAAUGACACAGGAAGGGCCAGUGAAUGCUAAAAACAUGUGACCUGACCUGAACCAAUCAGAGGAGACGUCCACUACAACUUCCUUUAUCCCAAGUGCUGGUUUAUCUGAGGGACGAUUUCUCUUUAAAAUGAGUAACCUGAUACAAAGGCUUUCUGUGUUUUCACUGCCUCUUCCAGAUCAUAGAGGAGACCAUGUACCUGUUUUUCUGUUUUAUGCCAUUUUAUCUAUAUCGUUUACCAAAGUGAAAUGUUAAAAAUCAACAGCUGUUUUUUUAUCCUGUCAGUAAUUGUAUUAAUUUGACUUGUACUUGCACAAAAUAAUUGUACGGUUUACACAUUUCAAUUUCCUGACAGAAUUAACUAGUCAAAUAAAAAAUGAAAAAAUAUAAAUAUUUAAAGUUUUAUCAAUUCAAUGAAAUUCAGUUAGAUGGAAUUUUGUCAUGAAACCGAAAUAAGUAAAUAUUAAAAACAUGCUAAAAAUAAUAUUCGUUUUUUUUUCUGAGAAUGUUUGGGCAAUGGCAGUAGCUUAAUUCAGUCACAUAUGGAAACCUAUAACCAAAUAUUACUGUAAGCUGUAGUGAAGUUGCUGUCUAGGAUUUGUAGCUGAAUAAUUUUAGUCUAUAUAUAAAUAUAUAUUCUUUUUAAUUAUGCCAUCAAAAACAAAACAAAACAAAAAACAAGUAAUAUUUACAUCUCUAUGUAGGCCUACUGAAGAUAAGGGCUGCAUCUGAAAGCUGGAAAAUCAGCCUUUGGAGGCUGUUUACAGAGAUAGGAUGAAAAUAAGGUGCCUGAAAAACUGUUCUGAGGCCAGUUUCCUUAAGAUGUCCAUUCAUACAAAACAUUCUUAUUUAAGCUACUACCUGAUUAUUUCUGAUGCUGUCAUCAUCAUGUGCUUGAUUUAUUGUCAUUUCAACCUGUUCAUCAUAAACAUUAGAGAUGUAUUAAGAGUUUUUUUUACCUGUGUGUGAAAAUUUUCAGUAUCAAUCACAGAUAAACUAAAUUAACUAACAGCUGAACUUAACAGCUGUACCUAACAAUAUUGUCUGUUCUUCUAUGUCCAUCUGACUGAUAUCAUGUCCUAUUCAAAUGCGAUGCCACACUUUUCCAUUGGUAAAUCAUUUGUUUUUCCUCAAUGAAAGUGACAAUGCUUUGCAAAUCGACAAAAUAUAAUUAUUUCAAACAGGUUUGAAUAAUCGUUUGCAUAAGGUAGGUGAACACAUAUCCUACUGAUGAGACAGUUGAACAGCAGAACAUUUAUUCAACAGCGCCCUCUGUUGAUUGACAUUUGUAAUGUCUGGCAAUUGUUCUAAACAUCCUCUUGUAUAUUUAGUGUAUUUUGCAUAUUCAUACAUUUAAUUAAGUAAAUCCUUAAAGGAAUAUUUAA